AUGCGCUGCACCCCCAGUCGGGGCCCCUCCGCCCGGCGCCGGCGCGCUGCAUACCGGGAGUUGCAGACGCGGCGCCGCGUCACCCUGGUAACCGCCUCUCGGCCGUCGCUGAUUGGGCCGAACCGCAGGGGGCGGACGAGGGGCGAGACGCAGCGACUGCUGCCAGCGCUCUCGCCUGUCAGUCGGGCUGGAGCGAAGCAGCGGGCAGGACAGCCGGGCCGGCGGCUCUGCGAAGAGGCUGCGCGCGCCAGCCGGAGGAGGCGAAGAGUGGGGCCCGCCACCUGCGGGGCGAAGCGCGCAGCACCGGGCCUGAGGCGAGGCGCCGCCUCUACUGCACCUCGCGAGCUCACACGCCCGGUGCACCGUUCUCCCGGCGGUCCCCACGUCCUUCCUGCUCCACCCGGACUUGUUAUUUCUCGGCGCGGAGGUCCCCGGCGCUGCAUCCGAGCCUCCGCCUCCCGCUGCCGCCGCCUCGGCUGCCGCUGCUCUCCGGCUUCCCCUCCCCCCACUCCCGGGGCUCGGAGCAAGAGGAGGAGGGGCCGGUGCAUUCUCGCGACCGCUCUUUGCAACCUGCGGGGGCCGGUGCAUGCCCAGCGAGGCGCCCGGGCCGCUGCAGGUGCGUGCAACCCCAACGGAGACGACCCUCCCCCCAACCCCGGGCGAACCGGGGGGCUGCAAGCCGCCGGCGGGCGGUCGAGCGAGAGGAAGCAACAAAGACCGGCUGCAGCUGGGGCCGGCGAGAGGGGCUGCGGCCGCCGGGCUCCGGGCGCCGGCGGAGAGGGCGCCCCGGGGAGCGGCGCGGGCCGAGCUGCAGCCUUGAGCGGGACCCCUAGGGGAGGCGCAGCGCCGCCCGCCGGACGCAGUGAGCACAGGCCCCAAGUGAGGAUGCGCCGCCUGAGCGCCCGCGCGGCCCGGGUUCCGGGCGGCCGCGACCCCCGCUGAGCAGAGAGAACCUCCACCCCCGACUUCGGACGCCUGG